AUGACCUCUGUAGCUCCCUACACAGCCUCUUCAUCGGCUUCGAUGAAGGAGGCCGCUGCUGUCGCUGCAGCAGCCGAGGAGUACGGAGACCUUUUCAGCGGCUUCUCAACGCCUCCCUCCGCCUCCACUACUGCCAUCUCCACGCAAAGUCAGGCGAAUGGUGAUUUCGGGCCAGGCGAACAGGCCGUGUCAUCCGGGAUCAUGGCCAUAUCACCUUCUGCCGCCGAGACAGCGCCAGUCACAGCGCCACCAGCAGAACGCCAUCAGGCAGGUAUCUUUAGUGAGGGGGCAGAGUCAUUGGAAGCUUCCGAAGCACGGAGAGGCGACCGCAGUCAAAGCACGAGCAGUAGUGCGGCCGCACCCAUCAGUCCUGCUCUGAGCACUGCCGGUAGCGUCAAGGACAAGAAGUGGAAGUCAAUGCUCAACAAAUUUGGGUCCAUCGGCAAGAAGGGCCCCGGCUCGGAUUUGGCUCGCUCCACCGACUCUGACGCUCACACAAUGCCGAGCUCACGUUCCGUGAGCGCAAGUCGAGGAGCAGGCUCUGCGUCAGCGACGUCGCACAGCUUCCAGCCCAUCGCCGGCAGUACCGUCGUGGCGGACCCCAACUCGCUCUCUGGUGACUCUUACGAGGGCUCUAUUGAGACCCCUGGCAGCUCCACACGGGACGUCAGCCGUUCCGCAUACAACACCAGCGCUACGACAACAACGCCACCAAAGGAAGCCCGCUCACACGGCGCGGACAAGUCUGAGUCUUCGACAGGCGCCUCAAAGCUAAAGCCUGCAGUCGAUCUCGCGGAUGGUGCGGUGCUAGAGGAUGACGGGCAUCUCACCCUACCAGGUAUUGCACAAGCUGGUCCUUCCAGCCCCAACGGCAGCACCACCAGCGGACACACAAAUGGAGGCUCGAGUCCGGGAAGCAGAAACGGUAGUGGUUUCGCCUCCAAGUUGUUGCGACGUGUCUCUUCAGCACCAGACACCAACAAAGUCGCUGCUGCUCAAGCGCGGGCAGCGGCGGCUGCCGCCGCCGCCGAUGGGAUGCCAACUACUCCCACAGCCAACAACAAUCUGCUUUCGCCCAAGAAUGGCACUUCUGGUCACGGUGCGCAUUCUGUGUCUGAGAGCGGGGCGCUAGCUCCAUCGACACCGCAGGCAAGACUCGCCCCUGGAGUAGCUCAUGCCGUCGGCGAUCGGACAGCUCCGGAUGGUUACUUUCCCAACUCACCCGUCCGAAUGGAUUCCAAUGCGACGUCUUUCUCCUCCAAAGAUUUUGAGAAAGGGGCUCGAUCGGUCUCAACACCCAAGCUUCGCUCUGGGAUCAUGUUCCCUGGCUCGGGCAAAAAGGGUGGAAGUGCGAAGGCCGGCUCAGGCGAAAAACAUCGCGGGCCAUUGAGCCCGCCAAUGUCAGGCAACAAGCUGGCCACGUUGCAAGCGAAUGGCGAGCAGAGUCCGGCGCCCUCUGGCAGAGCCAAUUUCAGGAGAACAUAUUCUAGCAACAGCAUCAAAGUGCGCGAGGUUGAGGUCGGCCCGAGCAGCUUCACCAAAAUCAAGAUGCUGGGCAAGGGGGAUGUCGGCAAGGUCUACUUGGUGCGCGAGAAGAAGACUGAUCGCUUGUACGCAAUGAAAGUGUUGUCAAAGAAGGAGAUGAUCAAGAGGAACAAGAUCAAGCGGGUAAUGGCCGAACAAGAGAUUUUGUCGACCUCCAAUCAUCCAUUUAUCGUCACGCUGUAUCAUUCCUUCCAGUCCGACGACUAUCUCUAUCUAUGCAUGGAGUAUUGUAUGGGCGGCGAAUUCUUCCGCGCCUUGCAGACCAGACCAGGAAAAUGUCUUCCGGAGGAGGAUGCCAGAUUCUAUGCGGCAGAAGUCAUCGCCGCCUUAGAGUACCUGCACCUGAUGGGCUUCAUCUACCGGGACCUGAAACCAGAAAAUAUUCUGCUUCAUCAAUCUGGCCAUGUGAUGCUGUCUGACUUCGAUUUGUCUGCAAGAGCCACGAGGCGAGGAGGCGCUCCUGCUAUGAUCCGGCAAGCUACCCCAAACAGCGCGCCUCUGGUCGACACUCGCUCAUGCAUUGCAGACCUGCGCACGAACUCGUUCGUAGGUACAGAAGAGUACAUCGCACCAGAGGUCAUCAAAGGGUGCGGGCAUACCAGCGCAGUCGACUGGUGGACCUUGGGAAUCCUCAUUUACGAGAUGAUCUUUGCGACUACGCCGUUCAAGGGCUCCUCUCGCAAUGCGACCUUCUCGAACGUGCUGCGAAACGAACCUGCAUUCCCCGAGUCAACGCCUAUCUCUUCUCUCGGCAAGUCGAUGAUCCGCAAAUUGCUCAUCAAGGACGAGAUGCGACGACUCGGAUCGCAGUCUGGUGCUAGUGAAGUCAAGACGCACAAGUGGUUCAGUCCUCUCUCAUGGGGUUUGCUAAGGCACACCACUCCACCUAUCGUGCCGGCCUACUCGAAUGGGCUUGACGCCAUCAAUUUCCGUACCGUUCGAGAAAGCCGCAGCCUCAACCUCGACAUGCAAGGCAACAGCACUGCAGGCGAUGACGCUCCUUCUUCGAAGCACAAGGCAGGAGAUAUGAAGGCUUCCGCGGGCAAGAAGAAUGUCAAGGAUGAGGAUGGAGACGCGGUGGCGGCAAAUCCCUUUGAAGGUUUCAAUAGCGUCACUCGUGUCAUGGAGGUCUAG